AGACUAGUUUGCAUAAUUCACAAGCCACAAAUUAGUACUCUCGUUAAUUUUUUUGCUAAUUGCUAAUUGGGCACAAUGGAAAAGCUUCAUGCUGUGUGCAUCCCAUACCCAGCACAAGGCCACAUAAACCCAAUGCUCAAGCUAGCAAAACUCCUUCAUGUUAGAGGCUUCCACAUCACCUUUGUUAACACAGAAUACAACCACAAACGCCUUCUCAAAUCAAGAGGUUCUGAUUCCCUCAAUAGUGUCCCAUCAUUUCAAUUUGAAACCAUCCCUGAUGGUCUCUCUGAUAACCCUGAUGUUGAUGCCACACAAGACGUAGUUUCUUUAAGUGAGUCUACUAGAAGGACUUGUUUAACUCCCUUCAAAAAUCUCCUUUCAAAACUCAAUAGUGCCUCGGAUACUCCUCCUGUGACUUGCAUAGUUUCUGACAGUGGCAUGUCCUUCACUUUGGAUGCUGCCCAAGAAUUAGGCAUCCCUGACGUGAUUUUGUCGACAGCUAGUGCAUGUGGGUACAUGUGUUACAUGAAAUAUCCAAGACUUGUUGAUAUGGGCUUAACACAUCUCAAAGACUCAAGUUACUUAGAAAAUUCCAUCGAUUGGGUACCAGGCAUCAAAGAAAUUCGAUUAAAGGACUUGCCUAGCUUCAUGAGAACCACAAACCCACAAGAUCUCAUGAUGAUGGAUUUCAUAUAUAGCCAGUGUGAGAGAGCUCAAAAAGCUUCAGCAAUCAUUGUGAACACGUUUGAUGCAUUAGAGCAUGACGUUUUGGAUGCAUUCUCAUCCAUAUUGUUGCCUCCUAUCUAUUCCAUUGGCCCCUUAAACCUACUCUUGAACAAUGAUGUCACCAACAACGAGGAGUUGAAAACAAUUGGGUCCAACCUUUGGAAGGAAGAGCCAAAGUGUCUAGAAUGGCUUAACUCAAAAGAACCAAAUUCAGUGGUUUAUGUGAACUUUGGGAGCAUUAUGGUCAUGACUAGUGACCAAUUGACAGAGUUAGCAUGGGGACUUGCAAAUAGUAACAAAAACUUUUUGUGGGUCAUUAGGCCCGAUCUUGUGGUAGGGGAAAUUAAUUGUGCGUUACCCAAUGAAUUUGUGAAAGAGACCAAAGAUAGAGGCAUGUUGGCAAGUUGGUGUCCCCAAGAGGAGGUUUUGGCUCACCCAGCGGUUGGGGGAUUCUUGACACAUUGUGGUUGGAAUUCAACGUUGGAGAGUGUGUGUGAAGGGGUUCCAAUGUUGUGUUGGCCUUUCUUUGCGGAGCAACAAACCAAUUGUCGAUUUUGUUGCAAGGAGUGGGGGAUUGGGUUGGAGAUAGAGGAUGUUAAGAGGGAGAAAGUUGAAGCACUUGUGAGGGAGUUGAUGGAAGGGGAAAAGGGUAAGGAGAUGAAGGAAAGAGCUUUGGAGUGGAAGAAAUUGGCACACGAGGCUGCUUCGAGUCCACAUGGGUCUUCGUUUGUGAACAUGGACAACGUGGUUCGUCAAGUUCUUAUGAACAAAAUUGCUACAAAGUAGUGUUUAGAUUAUUACAAUGGUCAAUGGCAUGAAUUCGUUCAUGUAGUAGUGUAAUGAUUUUAAAACUAUUCUAAAUCUAUUGAAAUAAAGGUAUAAUAUCUUUUUAGUUCUUAUA